AUUAUAUGAUGCGUUCCAGUUCGGGUGGGAAAUCGGAAAUGUGAAAUUGCCAAACGGAAACACCAUUUGGAACACCACCCUACUGAACUGCUGUGUUCGAAUGUGGUGGAAAGUUUUUUCACAAAGGACUCUGAAACCGAGAACGUUCAUAUAUGAGUGACAAACGUCAGGUUGCGUCCUAAUAGGUGCCCGGUUAGAUGACCACGACGUCUUUACUGUCAGUGUUGUUACAAAAAGCUUUCACGUGUGUGUAUUUCAUAUACAAAUUUCACGACCUUACUGUUUCGAAAUACAGUAAUCGGAAAAAAAAAACUUUAUAUAAAAUACCGGUAAUGUCUUUCGACAACUAUGAUGGGACGUCACAAAUUUCCUGAAUUUCGGGGUUCCUGAAUGCGCCACCAAUACGCGUGUGUUCAACUCGAAAAUGGAGGACGAUUUUCACAUGAAAACGCACGUCGUACUUUCUUCGAUGGAAAGUUGUUAGAAUUCGAUACAUCUCGUUUCAGUACCAACUCUGUUUUUAUCAUCUUUGAUAGCUCAUCGUGUAAUACACGGGCAAAAUCUAAAAAGAAAAACAAAGGUCAAUCACUUAGGUAUUUGAAAUGUUGCAGCGACACAUGGGUUUUACGUCAGGCUAAAUCGAUUUACGACUCCUUUGAAGCAUCAAAACGUGCACAUAAAACCAAGCAUACAAAGGAAUUGAAAGUCUGUCCAUAAUUCUGACGUGAUCUAAAACAGUUUUUCAUCAAAGGCUUAAAUAAAUAAUGCAAUUCUUGACACGAAUGUUAAUGUUCCGUGAACGUCAUCUACAAAUAAAUUCCAGCAGAGGUCGCCAGUACUGCUUGCGCGUCACAUUGGCUUUGUCCAUGCCUAUGUACUCAGUGCAUCAACCAUUAACAAAUAAAUCAAUGUAAAAACGAUUCCCCUCAAUCAUACAUAUUAAUUGUAAUCUAUAGUACCCUUAAGGGGACAUGGAGGAAAAGUUAAAUAAAUGCACCCCUUUCAGUCAUAUUAUUGUAUUCUUAAAUUGUAAACUUCUGCUUAAAUUUCAAGAGUCUGGAAUUAAUAUUUUAAUUUGUCAUAAAGGUCGAAAAAAAGUAGUGCAGCUCAAUGCCUCGUCACUCAUGACCAAUUGGUAUAAACAAUGCAGUGUUUGUCUAACAUAAUCCCCCAUACACCUGGAUUAGAACUGCACAGAGGAAAGCAAAACACAAUAAAACAUUUUACAUCUAAGGACAUCUGGAAAAACAAAUAUUACACUACAUUAAAGUUGUAAUUCUAUGCAAAAAUUAUGGAAACCUUGGGAAUGCAAUACAUGUGAGAAAAGAUAGUCGAAUAUUCAAGAAAAAAAAAGGGUACCUAAUAUGGUAGCUUGCCUUGAUUGUGGCAAGGCGGAGUAUAGUAUACUCUGCAUGACUGAGCAGACAUUAAACGUAAAAAGGUCAACCUUGCGGCAAGGGGAAAAAAAAAACCUCCAUUGCGAAAUAUUCCUAAUUCUGAAUGUUUUUUGUCACAAAUCCGGCUUCACGCGGGGCCUGCAAUUGAGACAUCUAGCACGGGAUAUUUCACGACACAAUAGGAUUCUUGUUCACGCUUUAACGUGAUUGGCCACAAAUAAAGCUGGGUAGGAGUGGAAAAAAAAAACGAUUGAAAAGGCAGCUUACGAGGGGGCACUUGAUGGAUAAAUAGCUUCAAUCAGACCAGGGAGCGCAAAGUUAUACUUUGAUUUGUUUCACCAGCACGGAGGCGAGUCAUGGUCAGCAGAUUUGAACACCCGGCCGGCGGCUACAAGAAAAUCUUCGAGACAUGCGAGGAGCUUGCCGAGCCUCUUCCAGCAACAGUCAUAGGAAGGAUUCCUUCCUUUCUGAGGGGGAGUCUUCUGCGUUUGGGUCCGGGUCUUUUCGAGGUAGGAGAUGAACCCUUCUAUCACCUCUUUGAUGGACAGGCGCUCAUGCACAAGUUCGACUUCAAGAACGGACAAGUCACCUACUUUCGCAAAUUUGUCAAAACUGACGCCUACGUGCGGGCCAUCACGGAAAAGCGUGUGGUGAUCACCGAAUUUGGCACGUUCGCCUAUCCCGAUCCCUGCAAAAACAUCUUCUCCAGGUUUUUCUCUUACUUCAAGGGCGUGGAGGUGACCGACAACUGCCUGGUCAACGUCUACCCGGUGGGCGAAGACUUUUACGCCGUCACCGAAACCAACUACAUCACCAAAGUGGACACCGACACUCUGGACACACUGAAGAAGGUGGACAUGUGCAACUACAUCAACAUCAACGGCGUGACGGCGCACCCCCACAUCGAGAGGGACGGCACGGUUUACAACAUCGGCAACUGCAUGGGCAAAGGAGCCACGUUGGCUUACAAUAUUGUCAUGAUUCCGCCCACCCAAAAAGAUAAGUCGGACCCCAUCGAGAAGUCCAGGGUGGUGGUGCAGUUCCCCAGCGCCGAGAGGUUCAAGCCGGCCUACGUGCACAGCUUCGGCAUGUCGGAAAACUACUUUGUAUUUGUGGAGACGCCGGUCAAGAUCAACCUGCUCAAGUUCUUGAGCGCCUGGAGCAUCCGAGGUUCCAACUACAUGGACUGCUUCGAGUCCAACGAGAGCCAAGGGACGUUGUUCCACAUCGCCAGGAAGAAUCCGGGGGAGUACAUCGACCACAAGUUCAAAGGGGCGGCCAUCGGCAUGUUCCACCACAUCAACACCUACGAGGACGACGGCUUUGUCGUGUUCGACCUGUGUGCGUGGAAGGGCUUCGAGUUUGUCUACAACUACCUGUGGCUGGCCAACCUGAGGGCCAACUGGGAAGAGGUGAAGAAGGCAGCCAUGAUCGCGCCCCAACCCGAAGUCCGCAGAUACGUCAUUCCCUUGGACGUCCACAAGGAGGAACAAGGGAAGAACUUGGUGAGCUUGCCUUACACCACAGCCACGGCUGUCAUGCACGCUGAUGGGACCAUCUGGCUGGAGCCCGAGGUGCUCUUCGCCGGACCUCGUCAGGCGUUGGAGUUCCCACAAAUCAACUACGAAAAGUACGCGGGGAAGAACUACACCUACGCCUACGGCCUGGGUCUCAACCACUUCAUACCAGACAGGAUCUGCAAGUUGAACGUGAAGACCAAGGAGACCUGGACUUGGCAGGAACCGGACUCGUACCCCUCCGAGCCCCUCUUUGUGCAGACCCCUGACGGUGUGGACGAAGAUGACGGCGUGCUGCUGACCAUCGUGGUGGCCCCCGGCUCGCAGAGACCAGGGUACCUCCUCAUCCUCAACGCCAAGGACCUGUCGGAGAUCGCCCGGGCCGAGGUGGAGUGCACUAUCCCUGUCACCUUCCACGGCAUGUACAAGCCCUGAAGGUCCACAUUUUGGGGCUCACGCAAAAUAAAAGUGCUCUUCGGAUACACAAGUGUUUUUUUUUUAAAUUAUUUUCAGGAGAACAUUGUGCCAGCAGGAUAUUCUUACCGUCGAGUCAGGAGUCCAUAAACCGACAUUCUCGAGAUACUUGUGGAGAUUAUAUUCGUCACCAUAGAAAUUUGGAAUUAUUUGUAAUGUACUAAAGACGGAUUUAUUAUGCAACUCGGAUCUCAAGAGUCAGAAUGCGUCAAUUUCUAAUCCGAGGGGGGGGGGGCUGCUGUAGCAAUUGAGACAGACGGGAGGGAGGUCUUUGAAUGCAACAAGGGAGUAAAAGGACACAAAUUGAUGUGCUCAUUUGGAUUGUUAAGAAAUCAUACUAAAGAAGGUCUUUG